AUGAGUUUAUUACCGUUACCAAGUGCAGCUGAACGGUCCGGAACAGCACCGACAACCACAACAACCACAACAACAGCAACAUUGUUGUAUUUGAGUUGAUAUUACAUAACGAUCAUAAUAGAACGCUCCCGUGUCUCGUAACCAUGAAUCUGGCCGGUAAGGUGGUUCUCAUCACGGGCGCCAGCAGCGGCAUUGGUGCUGCGACCGCGCUCAAGUUCUCCCAGCUCGGUGCCUCUCUCGCGCUAACCGGGCGCAAGCUGGACAACCUGAACGAGGUGGCCAGCCAGUGCGGCGGGUCACCGUUCGUGGUGGCCGGUGACAUCUCGAAGGAGGCCGAUACGGAGCGCGUGCUGAAGGCGACGAUCGAGAAGUACGGCAAGCUGGAUGUGCUCGUUAACAAUGCGGGCAUCAUCGAAACGGGCACGAUCGAAACGACCAGCCUGGAGCAGUACGAUCGGGUGAUGAACACCAACAUCCGGGCGGUGUACCAUCUGACGAUGCUGGCCGUGCCGCAUCUGCUGCAGUCGCGGGGUAACGUGGUGAACGUGUCCAGCGUGAACGGGAUCCGCUCGUUCCCGGGCGUGCUGGCGUACAAUAUCUCGAAGAUGGCCGUCGAUCAGUUCACGCGCUGCGUUGCGCUCGAGCUGGCGGCCAAGGGUGUGCGGGUGAACUGCGUCAAUCCCGGCGUGACGGUGACCAAUCUGCACAAGCGCGGCGGCAUGGACGAGCAGACGUACGCCAAGUUUUUGGAGCACUCGAAAAACACCCACGCCAUGGGCCGGCCGGGCCAGGCGUCGGAGGUGGCCGAUGCGAUCGUGUUUCUGGCGAGCGACGCUGCUUCGUUUAUUACCGGUGCCAGUCUGCCGAUCGACGGUGGUCGCCAUGCAAUGUGCCCUCGUUAAGGCGAUUAGAGUGAGAGUUAGGGUUUAAGCAAAGAAGGCAUUCUCAUUAUUAAAGUGGUUCGUUACAAUGUUUUACUUCGAAUAAAAUUGUUCGAAAAAUAUAAAUGUA